AUGUCACCUGCAGAAGAAGAGAGGAGCUUGCCUCUUCCAGAGAGAUGGCCCCGAGCCAGCAAAUUCGCUCUGUCAGCCUGUGCAGCGGCUGUGGCAGAACUAGUGACAUUUCCCCUGGAUCUGACGAAAACCCGGCUGCAGAUCCAAGGUGAAGCUGCCGUGCGCCGCGAUGGCGCUGUGGCCGGGCAGGCGGUCCCCUACCGCGGAAUGCUGCGCACGGCGGCUGGAAUCGCGCAGGAGGAGGGGGUCCGGAAGCUCUGGCAAGGAGCCACGCCGGCCGUCUACCGCCACAUAGUAUACACUGGUGUUCGGAUGAUUACUUACGAACAUCUCCGUGAUUCUGUGCUUGGCAGGGCGGAGGGUGAAAGCUUUCCUCUCUGGAAAGCUGUGGUUGGAGGCAUGUCUGCGGGUGCCAUCGGACAGUUUUUCGCCAGCCCAACUGAUCUGGUGAAGGUGCAGAUGCAGAUGGAGGGAAAAAGGAAGUUGGAAGGAAAACCAUUACGGUUUCGGGGCGUGCACCAUGCAUUUCUGAAGAUCCUGUCCGAAGGAGGAGUAAGGGGACUUUGGGCUGGAUGGGUACCAAAUGUCCAAAGAGCUGCGUUGGUGAACAUGGGAGAUCUGACCACCUAUGACUCAGUGAAACACUUUUUGCUUCUGAACACGACACUUGUGGACAAUAGUGUGACUCACAGUGUUAGCAGUGCCUGCUCCGGGCUGGUAGCGGCUGUUCUGGGAACUCCUGCCGACGUGGUCAAAACCCGGAUAAUGAACCAGCCGAGAGAUAAGCAGGGAAAAGGUCUGCUCUAUAAAUCUUCCAUGGACUGCUUGAUUCAAACUGUCCAGGGUGAAGGUUUUAUGUCGCUGUACAAAGGCUUUAUACCAACCUGGAUGCGAAUGGCUCCUUGGUCACUGGUAUUCUGGCUUACAUAUGAACAAAUCAGAAGGAUGUGUGGAGUUAGUUCUUUUUAAAACCUUCAAUAUUCACAAAAGAGAGAAGACUCAAAAAGCUGGAUUCUCAUUUCACAAGGUAGUAGGAUCACUGUUUGAUUGUCAGACUGCUACAUGAAAUUUUUAUUAUCCACAGAAUAAAAUUGUCACAAUAAUACUUCAACUAGCAGCCAGCAUCAGCUUCCUGAACCAGCAAACAGGAAUAAAAAAAAAAGUCUACCAAGCAAAUAGAACAUAAUACUGUCUGCUUGUUUGAUAAUUGAGAUGGUUCCAGUUGUUAAAGACAAGAGCAGGUUGAUCAAUGCACUGAACAUGUUCUGUGGCUAAGCAUCUAUAAAAUUAUUUGGGAAUUUUUGUUAUUAAUUGCAUUUGCACAUAGAUAAAGAACUACCUCAUUAGUUUGAUGUCUCAGCAAACCAAGCCUGUAGUGCUAGGUAUUGAAAAAGAUAAAAGCAGUUUAUCUGAUUCCAAAUUUGCUUUGUACAAAAGGUGGAAGGGUUUGUGUUCCUCUUACUUUCCCAGAGACUGCCUGACCUCUCCACUCAACUAUUUGAGUAAGAUCAUGAUUGAAAUGCUGUCCUUUUCCUAGGAAAUCAAAAGCCUAGUUUGUUCUGCCCUGCUUGAAGGACUCAGGAUACUCCAUAGGACCAAGCUGAACUACUUGUCCCAUGACAAGGUGCUGAUGUGGCAGACUGGGUCAUUAAGGUACCACUUUUCCAUGGAAACACACACUCUGCCCACUUUCAAUCUCAGUGGAAUAUAACGUUGUCUUCAACGAUGCAAAAUGUUUGAACAGGAGUGAUUUAUUUAUUCUUAAACCUAAAGACUUCUAGACUUCAUAGAGAAGGCUAGUGCUGUUUGUCAUUAGGUUCAUCUUUGGCAAUCAAGAGGCAAAAAAGCAGUAUUAAAAGCAGCCAUGAGUAGAUAAAACAAAGCUGUCUUUGAUUUAGUAAUAUCUAGUAAUGGAAUUAUGUAGAAGACUUGGCUUUCUGAAUAAAUACCCAGGAUUUCUUCUAGUCUUUGCAACCAGUUGUCUCCAGUGUGCCAAUCUCUCAUUAAACACAGUUUGGGUGUCUUCUUGGCUA